AUGGUACUUCUCUGGACCGCGGCAGCUCUCCUGGCCGCUGGAGUUGGUCGGGCAUACCCCUCCAGAAGCUGCUCAAACUCAUCCAGCUUGAGUGUUCCGCGGAGCGCUCUCGGUGCUUCCAUACCACACACCAACUCGUUCGCUUCGUUCUCCUUCGAGCCAGCCUUCUGGGUCGAGUUCUUCGGCAACGCCAGCGCGCCCAACAACCUCACCUUCAGCCUGCUCGACCGCAUCCAUGAGCACGGGGGACACCCGGUCAUCCGGCCCGGCGGCAUCACAAUGGACAGCAUGGUCUUCGACCCCAACGGCGGUGACCCCGUCCGCACCACCAGCCCCGAAGGCGGCGUGUGGCGCACAACCGUCGGCCCGGACUACUACCGCAGCUGGGAUAACUUCCCCAAAGACACAAAGUUCAUCUCGACGCUGAACUUUGGCAACGAGAGCCUGGACAUCGCCAGGGACCUGGCCGUUGCCUCGGUGACCUACCAGGGCGACAAGGUCGCGUACUACGAGCUCGGUAACGAGCCCACCAACUACGAGCAGAGCCGCUGGGAGUUCUCGACGGAAGCGUACGUCCGCCAGUGGAAGGACUACACCCGCGAGAUCGACGCCGCCGUCAACGCCACCGGCCUCUCCGACAUCCCUAGCGAGCGUUGGUGGGCGUCGUCGGCGACGACGGACGACUCCGGCCUCGAGGUCCGUCCCGUCGCCCUCAUCCCAGCCGGCAUCGACUCGGAGCGCCAAGUCGGCGUCUACUCCAUCCACUCCUACGGUUUCUCGACGUGCGACCCGGCCCGAGCCGCCCUCGCCACCAUCCCCAACAUCCUCAACCACACGGAGCUCGCCCGCUACUGCGACGACGAGAUCUACCCGUCCGCCCGCGCCGCCCUCGACGCCGGCGCGCGCUGGAACAUCGGCGAGUACAACUCCGUCAGCUGCUCCGGCGCGCCCAACGUCACCGACACCUUCGCCCAGGCCCUCUGGGUCGUCGACACGCAGCUCCUCUACGCCACCCGCAACGCCUCGGCCGUCCACCUGCACCAGGGCGCCACCCUGGCCCUCCAGUCGCGCGACCAGCUCAACACCCCCGGCGAGAACGGCACCCCGGGCUACAGCACCUACUCGAUGCUCUACCCGCGCGACAGCGCCAAGCGCGGCCCCGCCCGGGCCCUCCCCUCGUUCCUGGCGCAGCUGUUCGUGGCCGAGGCGUUCGCCGUCCCGGGCACCCGCGUCCGGGCCCUGGCACCGCCGUCCGGGGUGAGCGCGGAGUCCUUUGCCGCGUAUGCCUUCUACGUGGACGACCGCGUGUCGAAGCUCGCGCUCGUGAACAUGAAGCCGUAUUAUGCCAACUCGACCUCGGACUAUACUGUCCAUCUCGACUUGUCGAGCCUGAUGCACGCCGGGAGCGGGGGUAGCGUGCGCAUCAAGCGGAUGACGGCGCCGUAUGUGAACACGGGCGAUAGCAAGCUGUCUUCGUGGGCGGGACAGUCAUUCCCGCAGGGCGAGCCGGUGGGGGAUGUCGAUAUCGGGACGGUCGGUGAAGAUGGAGCCGUGGCGGUGAGGGGCAGCGAAGCCGUCCUGGUCUUCUUCGACGAGGAGGAGGUGUAUGGGUUGUGA